CAAUGUGUGAGUCAGCGAUCCGUCUCUUUGAGCAUUAGCAGUCACACUGGGCAGGAUGAUCUACCUGGCUCACACAGCUCACUGGCAGUUCGUGGGCCUGAUAUCUGGCUUACUGGCGUGGAUCCUCAUCGUGACCACAGUCGGCCUCAACGAGUGGCGGCUGUGGCACGUGGCCGAUGUGUCUGUCAUCAGCUCGGGUGUGGCCUGGGUGGGUAUCUGGAGGGCCUGUUUUUACAGCCACGCCCUUCCCAAAACAGAGAACUGUCGGAGCAUCGGCAUCUCGGACCACUUUGCUCCUGCAGAGAUCCCAGCCGCUCAGGUGCUGAUGGUGCUGGCAAUGAUCUUCGGCCUGGCGGGAACCAUCAGUGCUGCAGUGGCCAUGAGGAUGGUCUACUUCUCUGUGGAGGAUCGCAGGCACAUACGGCUGGUGUUUGUGCUGGCAGGGACCCUGUAUGUGCUGACGGGGAUUUUCUGCUUGGUGCCACUGGUGUGGAACAUGAGCUCUGUGCUGAACAACAGCACCAUAGACUUUCCUCCCGAGUUCUACCUCCCCUCAGCUCCUGUCAGGCAGCAAGUGGGCUCCGCCAUUGGAGUGGGCAUGUUCGCCUCCAUAAUGAUGCUCAUAAGUGGGUUGCUGUUCCUUUGUUACCGCUUUGCCUGGCAGGCCCUGAGCUCAGAGGCCCCCAGAGACACCAGACAUGGUCCCUGGACAGAAACCACCCUGGCACAGAAGUCUGAGUUGCCAAAUGGAGACAACCGUGGCAGGGAUAAUUCUGCAUUUCACAGUGAAGAACAGUUUACUAAUGUACAAUCUUAGAUUUUCAUGUUUUUCAUCCAUCGAAAAAGUAACUUGGACAAUGUCAGGGAAGAUUUUCACAUUUAAAACUGAGAGCUGCUAAAUAAAAUCAGUAUGAGUUUAGCCUAUAUGCUGGAGCAUUUGCCAUGUUAUAUGAGCAAGAAUGCUGUGCAAUACACAUUAGUCCAGGAUCAAAAUACUGCAUCAUCCACAAUAAGUCAUUGUCAAUUCCUUGUCACAGGACCAUCAUGUUAAACAGAUUCAACUACUUCUAUUUUUUAUUAGAGUGUUGUUCUUAUUAAAGAAGCACUGACAAUGUGGCAUUUAAAUGUCUGCAUCUCCUCUGUUGUAGACCAUGUAGAAGAGUUCAAAAAUGUACAUCUAGCACAAUUAAUCAUACUGAUUUACAUUUAGCAAUAUGUAGCUCUGUAUCUAGCUGGUAAAGUACAUUUUCUGGCCACCUGGGGGCAGCAGAUAGAAAACAACACUUUCAAAUUAUCACUUUGUAACUUAUAACUAAAUAAAAACUAACUCAUUAGCAAACAUUUGUCCAUUAACAACUCCAGCAGAGUUGUAUUUCUGUUCACAGGAUCAAUCUAUUGUAUUGAUUAUUCAAUAUUAACUGUAGCUCUUUAGCUGCUAAACGCUCCACUAUGUUUACUUGUUGCUGUCGUCUGCCUGCCAUUUGUGCUGGGAAGCUAACGUACAGCGGAUUUACACAUUCAGCAGAUAUAGAGCGACCUUAACAUUUAUUUGGAGUUGUAUUUAUGUCCACCCGAUGAAUGUAAGUCUGACGGAAGUUAUUUAGCUUCAUUUAGCUCUUUAGCUGCUAUAUGCUCCACCAUGUUCACCAGCUUGUUGCUAACAAUGUCUGUUUGGCAUUUUCAGUGAAAAGUGUAAA